GGCGGUGGCCUGGCUGCGCCGCCCGCGGCUCUCCCCGGCUCUCCCCGUUCCCAGUCUCCGCUCCUCUCUUCUCUGUCUCCAUCCACCCGCCCCCCUCGCCACCCCCCCAACCCCCGUUUCCCUGGCUCCCCUUGGAGAUGAGGCCAGAGUUGGCGCCCUGAGCCAGCCCGCUCCGUCGGCUCCAGGACUAGGCCGGGGCCAGGGUCUGCGCAGGACAGAGCAACGCCGGGCGGGACCCACGGAGCCGGUGUCCAGGAGAGAAGCAGCCGCCGCUUGCACCCUGUCACCAUGGACCCCCCAUCCCUGGACACAGCCAUCCAGCACGCCCUGGCAGGCCUCUAUCCCCCUUUUGAAGCCACAGCUCCCACCAUCCUGGGUCAGGUGUUCCGUCUCCUGGAUUCUGACUUCCGGGGCGAUGGGCUGAGUUUCCUCCUGGAUUUCCUGAUCCCUGCCAAGCGUCUGUGUGAACAAGUGCGUGAAGCAGCCUGUGCCCCCUACUCACACUGCCUGUUCCUGCACGAGGGCUGGCCAUUGUGCCUGCGAGAUGAGGUUGUGGUCCACCUGGCACCCCUCAAUCCCCUCUUGUUGCGCCAGGGUGACUUCUACCUCCAAGUUGAGCCCCAGGAGGAGCAAUCCGUUUGCAUCAUGAUCAAGUGCCUCUCUGUGGACCUCCGCACAGUGGACGCGAAGCCUAUUCCUGUGUCAGCCUAUGCUAUGCUUUUCACCCAAGCCUGGCUGGAGGCCAUCAACAGUGACUUUGAAGGAGGUCCCCUCCACAAUUGCUUGGUAGCUUCAGAAGAUGGGGUAGUCUCUGUGCCCUGGACCAAGAUAACCAGCCCAGAGUUUGUGAAUGACAGACCCCAAACAGAGAAUGUCCUCUCCCCAGCCUGGGGGUCCCUUCAAUUAGAGGCACUGGAUUUGAGCAGCUCUCAAGAGCUGCACCAGGCCAGAUCCCCAGGCAGCCAGGUGCUGCUCACCCGGAGUUUGGCCAGGGGCAAGAGCAGGACGCGUGGGAACAAGUACCCAGGACUCAUCAAGGUGGAGCCAGCUGGGCCUGGGGAGGUGGCCUUCAGGAUGGACGACGUCACCAGCCAGGACUUGGAGGGAGAUUAUGUGGCUCUUGUGGACUUUUCCCAGGAGAGCAGAGGAGGGUCUCCCAUUCAGGAGGUGGGCACAUCCAGUGGGUACCCUUUGGGGGCACUGGAGGAGCUAGCUGGAACUAAGGAGAUCCCUUUCUGUGAAAGGAUGCUGCCUCUCUCAUGGGCCAAAGGGGGGUCUUCCUUGGAAAAAUGGGCUUGUGAGAAGCCAGAAAGCUUGGAAGAGGAACUCUGCGUCUGGGGUUUGAGGGGAAAGCUUAAUGAUAAAGUUCCCAUGCAAGACUCAGAACACCAGCCCCAAGACCCCUACCUCCACGUCCUUGUAAACCCACUGCAUUAUGUCUCUGGCCUCGGGGCAGGUGUCUCAGAAGAGCCGGCUGCCACCAAGACACAGAGACUUCUGGGAAACCCAGAGAGUAUGGUCCAGCUCAGGCCUAAACCAAAACAAGCAUCCUCUCCCCGGCUGCGCCCAGCUUCUCCUUGUCCUGCUCCAGCCCCUGAAAACAGGAUGGAAGACAGGACCAAACAGGGAAGGGGGAGACUUCCCAAGCCUGUGACCAGCCCAGGUCAAAACACCUCCUCCUGCAGGUCCCCCACAUCUCGGCCCAAAUUCUCAUUCUUAAAGGGGCUGAGGCAAGCUGCUGUGCCCACCGAGAAAGCCUCACUCCAGCCCGAUGGGCCCUGGAAGAUCUUGUGUUUGCUCUACUCUCCCAAACCCAGCCGAGACCGGUGCUUGGGGAAAGCUGGAACAACUCAGACCAAAACAUCUGGCCCAGACGCUGACUCAGACCCACUGACAGAGGAAAAGACUGGCUUCCCAGAGGCUUCUGCAGCCCCUCCAGAAAAAAGCCCCGCUCUGGAUGAGGAACCACCAGGGCUUGAGCCCAGGAUUGGGGCUUUGAGCGUGGAGGUCCUCCAUUCCAGGAUAGCAUCCCUGCCAGGCGGCCGGGACAGGGCGGGGCGGCCUCUGCUUCUGGUGUCAACCAGCAACAGCCUCUGGGAGGCGCCAUGGUGCACGGCCUCAGAGGUCACCAAGCUGUUCUCCUACCUGUGCACCAUCCCCAGGCCUGAAGAUAAAACCCAGGGGCUGGCAGUCGUGAUCGAUGCCAGGAAACAGCCCCCACAUCCUGGUCUGGUCAGUGCCCUGCAGGCCACCCAGGCUCUCAUCCCAACCUCCAUCGGUGCUUUGCUCUUCCUGGGGGAGAAGGAGAAUGCUCUCCAGCUGGAGGCGUUACCUGGCAUCCAGGUAGAGGUGCUGCCCUCACUGAAGGCCCUCAGCCACCACGUGGACCCCAGCCAGCUGCCCACGGCCCUGGAAGGCCCCUUCCCCUACUGCCCCGGCGAGUGGGUGCAAUUCUUCCAGAAGCUGGAUCCUUUCCUUGCUGACCUCCGGAGGGCCUCCUCCUUGCUAAAGGCGUCCAUCAAGGAGUUGGAGAAGGGUGACCCCCCUGGAGGGGUGCAGGAGGCCGCCAGGUGUCUGAGCAAGUCCAAGGAGCUGAUGGAGGCCGUGCUGAGGGACCCAGGCCUGCUGAGCCUCCAGCGCGAAGGCGGAGCCACCCUGGCCCAGCUGCAGCAGGAGGGCAGCAGGCUCAACUUCAACCCAGACGUCAGGAGCCAUCUGGCUGAAGCCACUGCCCUGUACAGCCUCGUGGACGAGCAGCUGCAUGUCCUCGUCACCGCAUCCAACCACCUCCUGAGGAGGCUGGGGCUCCGUGUCCGCCUGGGCCGCCUGGAAGCCGCCAUCCACCAGGUCAGCAACUGGAUGGAGCAGGAGGGAAGCCAGUACCUGCAAGUGCUGACCCCCAAGGAUGGAAGCCUGGAGACAGUGGAGAAGAACCACGCCAUGUUUGAGGACUUCUUCCUGCAGGCUGCGGCCCAGUACCGCCGUGGCCUGGAGCUGUCCAAGCAGGCGGCCCAGCUGGAAGCUGCAGCCAGAGGGGCCGGGGAGGCAGGAGGAUCGGAGCUCCCGGAGCUGGCGGCCUUCGCCUUCACCCAGCGGGCCUUCCAGGCUAAGCUGACCCACUUCUACAUGGCAGCCGAGCGGCAGCGCACGGACCUGGAGACGCUGCUCCACCUCCACCGCUUCUGCAAGAAGGUGACCUGGUUCCAUAUGGACUGCCAGGACCUGAUGACACAGCUCAGGCUGGGCAAGGCCCAGAGAGCCAGCCCUGGGGACCAGCGUCGCCUCCACCGCUACCUGCAGCGCCUGGCGUCCGAGUUCCCGGCCGAGAAGCUCACAGCCAUGGGGCUGCAGGUGGCCUCACUGAGCCAGGAGGGCCUGGGCCAGGACCUGUGGGAGGAGGCCCGGGAGAGACACGAGGAGAUCCAGACCCUCCUAAAGAAGGCACUGGCCCGCUGUCCCUGCCCGACGGGUCCCCCUGUCCUCCCAGCACGCCUGGAAGUCCGAGAGGUGGCUGCCAAGCGCCAGGGGACGAAUGGAGAAGUCACUCCCGAGGGAGGACGGGUCCUGCCCCUCCCAGACUCACCAGGCCUGGAUCGUUCGGCCAAAUCCUAUUGGCCUCCUUGGGCCCCCAGACGGGGGCAGAACAGAAAUGUCCAAGCGGCCCCUCCGCCCCAGGAAGCUGGCCAGGCUCUCGAGGCUGAUGGAGGCAAAAGCCCCCACGGGCCCCUGGAUCCUGCCCCUGAGGGUUUUCUCACCACCCUCUUCUCCUGGCAGCGGCUCCCCAGGCAGAGUCGGGGCCCCCACGCUGCCGGGGGCAGCUUCUCCUCGGAGGGGACAGGCUCACUGACGUCUCUGGAGGACUCACCCCACACAAGUCCCCCUGCGUCCCUGUAGCCAGGAGUUCCCGUCAAUCACAUCAGACUCUGGGGUCGGAGGGGUUGUGGGGGGGCCUGCUAGAUGGAGCUGGGGCACCCCGGAUGACCAGGACAUGGCUGAGUUCGGCCUCGCUGAGCUCAGAGGACGAGAACCCGCUCCUACUCCCGGGCCCAAGGAAGCUCCAGGAAGACCCGACUCACACGUUCAGAAAAGUCAGCGUGGCGGGCAAUGCUGGACCACUUGAGCGUGGGACUGGCUCCCAGACCCUGGAGUCCCAUCGUGGAAAGAGCUGUUGGGACAGGCUCUUCCACAGGCCUCCGACUUAGGCAGGCAGAACCCCCUGCUGGGGUUCAGGGGUACACAAACUCCCCCCGAGGGCCCGAGGGGCAGAGUUGACUUUGUAUAGAACCUGGGGUGGGGUGACUUGGGAGUGGCUUUUGUCUUAAGGUCCUACGAAACAGACCCUUGACAAGGGUUCAAAUGCACGUUUAUUUGGCAGGGAUCCCAGGAACCACUGGCGGAGGAGCCGGGAGGCGAGUCGGGAAAGGAAUAAAGGGUGUGCUGUCAAGAGAAUUACCGCAUGUCAUUUUCUCGCUGGCAUCACCGGCCUCGGGCAGAGAGAAUCACCUGCUGGAGGCCAGUCAGUGCACGCGGAGCGCGGAAGGGAGGUGGGCCGUCUGCUGCCUCUCUGUCACUUGGCUCCUCCAACUCAAGAUCAAGGAACCCCAGAGAGGACCCCCUCCCGCUCCCAGAUCUCUCUCUUCCUCCCCUCCCCACCAGAGCUCCUCGGAGCCUGCCAUCCUCUCUCUACUGCAAGCCCCACCUCUCUUUAGACACAGGCUCUGGUGCCCAGUGUCCUUGGGUUCUGCUGGUCGUUGGGGCUGGGUGGGUUAGGGAGCCAUGUCCCCAUCCAGCAGGUGGGGCGGGGGAGGGUGGAGGAGGCCUUUCCACCUCUGUCUCAGAGCUUCCAGAAGACAGUGAGCCUUCACGCUGCCCAGAGUGACCCUGGCUAGUGCCUCCCCUGAAUGCCAUUAUCCUGGGAGCGUGCGCCUGUCUCUGCCUUAAUGGGAUGCAUCACCAAGAUGGCCUCUGGUAGCCUAGCCCUGGAAUUUUCCUGGCUUGGGAAAGAGGGUGGGGUACACAUCCUCCCACAAAUUGAGGCUGUGGAAGGAGAAGGAGGACAGGAGGAGGCCUAGGAGGACAAACAGGGUUUCUCAGGCGUCAUCUCGGCAGAGAGAGCCACACAAACCUCAAUGCUCCAAAUGUCUUCAGGAAUCUUCCGGGGCUCAAGAUUUCGUCAAGAGUGGUCUGGGGCCGGUCUGCCUCAGAACCACGAGCAGAGCCUAUCAAAGGCAACUUCCUAAGGGAUCCCACCCCAGUUAAUUAAAAUCAGACCCUUGGGGCCAGGGGUGGCUGGAAUUGCAUUUGUAACCAACUGCUUGGUUUCCCCCCCUGCAACACAGUGAGGCAGGGUACUGUUGGGAAACACUUGGGGUCGAGGUCUGAGCACCCACCUCCCCGCCCCCGCCCCAAGCCAGCUCUGAUUCUUGAAUUCCAGUCUCCUGACUUCUGUCCAGACAGGCCUAAGAAUGCAGGAGGCAUUUGAUCAGCCCAUCUCCAUCUAUGCCUAUUGCCUCAGAGGGGGGCUGAAGGCUCUUAAAAUGCUGUUGCCAUAGCAACAGCAUCCAGCCAGUGGGGACCACAGGCAGGGAGCCAGGGUACCUGGGGUGCAAGGAUGAAAACUGACUUCUGAGAGACUACAGCUACUGUGAGAGAUGAGGGGGGCUGCGGAGGGGUAUGGAUGAUCCAAGAAUCCUUGGGAGGGAGGGGUCCCCAAAGCUUUCUUAUGCAUCCUUCUGUUUCUAAAAUGAGCCAAAUUCUAACAACUUGUCUACUCACAGCAGCCCAUGGGGGAAAGGAGGAUGCAGAAGUGAAGUAUAAUAAUAAUAUUAAUGGAAAAUAUUUAUCCUGCAUUUUUAGUGCCUGACUUGGUAUUAAACCCUUUAAAAGCUUUA